AUGACUGUGAAUCAUUUGAAAAAGUUUGUAAAUACUGCAAACAACUUACUUAUACAUACAAACACUAUUAAGAAAAAUUGGACAGGUUUGAGAGGGAAUGUACCUUACAGGUGUAAAGCUUCGUCUUAUAUUCGAUUAUAUUAA